UCUCUCUUUCUACUCUUUUGCUUUCUUCUUCCUUUCUUCUACUACUUCAGUUUCUUCCUCUCUCUAACCUUCACUUCCUCUUUCAGUGAACCCUAGAUUCUGUUAAUCUCUCCGGCGACGGUUUCCGGCAGAGACGGCGGUGAAUCGGGUGGUCCGAUCUGUCUCCGGCUACCAUUUUUGUUGGCUCUGAGCGAAGUGAGUGAGUGAGAUUGGGGAGGGGAAAAAUGUACAAGAACCAGCUUCAAGAGCUGGCGCAGCGAAGCUGCUUCAAUCUUCCUUCCUACACUUGCAUUCGGGAAGGUCCUGAUCACGCGCCGAGGUUCAAGGCCACCGUCAACUUCAACGGCGAGAUCUUCGAGAGUCCUCACUACUGCAAUACUCUCCGUCAGGCGGAGCACUCCGCCGCUGAGGUCGCUCUCAGUUCGCUCUCCCACCGUGGUCCGUCUCACUCCCUCGCCGCUAAGAUCCUCGAUGAGACUGGAGUCUACAAGAAUCUCUUACAGGAAAUUGCACAGAGAGUAGGGGCUCCAUUGCCUCAAUACACAACAUUCAGGUCAGGCUUAGGGCAUUUACCUGUUUUUACUGGAAUAGUGGAGUUGGCUGGAAUCACAUUUACUGGUGAACCUGCCAAGAAUAAGAAACAAGCUGAAAAAAAUUCUGCUAUGGCGGCUUGGUCAUCUUUAAAACAAUUGGCCAAAGAGACUGCUAGCUCUUCAAGUGAACCAGAGAACAAUGACGAACUAGAACAGAUCACUAUUGCACGGGCUUUACUGAACUACCGUCUGAAGGAAAAGAUGGCAAUGUCUGAUCCAAAUGCUCCAAUUCCAUUUCAGAAGAAGUUUCAGAUUCAAAGUCCCAGGCCAACCAGUACUCAACCUCCACCCCCCAAAACAUCAAAGAUCCUUCCUCUAAUUUGCCAAAAGGCAGCACCUCGAAGCAGGCCUUCAUUGGUAACAGCAAAUGACAGUGUUCGAAGCAAACCUUCUUUUGCAACAGCUAAUGAUAAUCCUCGAAGCAAAUAUCCACCAGCAGCAGCAACCAGUGACAGAUCUGGGGUGCCACCACAGUCUUCUGCUCUGGAAAGCCGGGUAUUCCGUCCCCUGAAGUUCCCUGCGGCAGGAGCAGCACCUUAUGUUCCCCUACGACAAAUGAGAUCACCUUGCCAUGGGGUUGCACCUCCAGUGACUGUAAGGAACAUGGUACCUGUAUUCUCUGCACCACCCCUUCCACCACCUCCUACAGUGCAUCAGGUAAUACGAGCUCCUCCUGUACGAGUUGCUCCUCCAGUCAAUAUUCGGCAAGCUAUUCCUGUAUAUGCUGCUCCGCCAGUGCCAGCAAGAAAAGAUGAACCUUCUCUCAUACAAAAAGAUCUGUCUACUAUUAGUAUCCCUUGCCAGCAAGAUAUACUGCCACAUAAAAUUCAAGAGACGGGCAAGGCUGAGAACAGCCUACCAGUCAAUUUUCAGCAAGCUAUUCCUGUAUAUGCUGCACCACCAACAAGAAUAGAUGAACCUUCUCUUAUACAAAAAGAAGAGCUACCUACUAUUAGUACCCCUGGUCAGCAAGAUAAACUGCCACCUAGAGUUCAAGAGACGGAGAACAGCCCAUCAGAAUCAGAGACCGUGCGUAACUUGGAGAAGCUGAAAAUUUGAAAUUUAUUGGAGUGGAUCUAAAUUGAAGGCAACACCAUCAUGCUUUUGUGCAGAUCUAGAGCUUGUUUCAGAUACUAUGGUGAUGUUCAGUCAUCUCUUCCUUUUUCCUUCCUCACCCCAUUUUGUCCCGUUAAAUCCGACAGUUCGCUCAGGUUAAUUAGCAUCAGUUGUUAAAUAUCUGUGAAAUUCAAGAGCAAAUUGGCAUUAGAUUUACUGGUAUUUUUACUUUAUUUAUGCAUGCCAUAUCUUAGAAUAGCUUUUCAGCUAGUUUGUAAGCUUGAUUGUUGCUCGCUUUUUGUGAUUAUUAUUACUCUACAAUUGCUUGUGCAGUUGUGGAAUUUCUGCUUUA